AUGAUGCGCAGGCGGCCCGGAGGUCACAAUGUUGGCCAACGCAUGCUGUUCCUCGCCAUCGCCCUGUUUCUCUUGAAUCCGGCCCUCGUCCAUGCUCAACAGCAGCAGCAGCAGCAACAACAACAUCUGGACAAGAAGGAGCCAAAGCAACCACAGGAGCUAAACGAAAUCAAGGAACCGAAAAGCCACCCCAACAUCCGCACCGCCGUCGCCAGCUAUGUCUCGCCCGCCGAAGCCGACGCCUUUGCGGCGGCGGCCGCCUCCGCCGAGACAGUCGAAACCGUCGAGAUUGAAACGACAAAAACCAAAGCACAGCGGCCCAAGACGAAGUCGAAGUCGCUGACCGAAGAAACGAGCCCGGCCUCGCAGCCGAGCGUCUCGUUUUCGACAUCCACCGGCCAAUCCGCACGAUUGAGCCAGGCGGCCACGCCCGACUCCAAAACCGAAACGUCGCAAAUCAACAACAGCAACACAAAAAACGCGAAAAACACCAAAAGUAGUAAAAACACCAAAAACACAAACAAAUCCAAUGCCACUGUAGCUCCGGACCUGUCCGUUCGAGCACCUUCUCUAGCGCACCGGGACCUCGAUGCCGUCGACUCCUCCGACGGCCUGGGCCUCGCUUCGCCGCAUAUUGCGCGGUCGCUGGCAGACUGGGAAGUGGAAGACUUUGUUCUUCUGGCCACCGUCGACGGCGACCUCCACUCACUCGACCGCAAGACCGGUAAGACCCUCUGGCACACCGAGAGCGAGAAGCCCGUCGUCGAGACCAUCCACCACCGCUCCUCCGUGUCCGUCGACGACAAGACUUAUUCGGCCCUCGACCACUGGACCUGGGCCGUCGAACCCUCUGGCAAUGGCGCCAUCUACGCCAUGAUUCCGGGUGCCGCCGGCCUCGCCGAGACGGGACUGUCCAUGAAGGCCAUUGUCGGCCAGGAGCCCUACCACGACCGCAAGCACCCUGUCGUGUUCAUCGGCACCAAGGACUCCACCAUGAUGACCCUGGAUGCGGCCACCGGCCAUGUGCGCCAGUGGUACGGAUCGGGUGACGCCGACGGCAUGGGCAGCGACGGCGGCGACAACAUCCCCGAGAGCUGCUCGCGCCCCGGCGACUACUUUGACGACGGCACGGGCGGCAGCGGCGGCGAAGAGUGCUUUGUUGGCGGCACCAUUACUCUGGGCCGCACCGACUACAAGGUCAUUGUCCGCCGCACCGACGGCACCAAGAUUGCCACCCUGCGCUACUCCGAGUGGGGUCCCAACAACUACGACAGCGACCUGCACCGCCAGUACCGCCAGCCCUCCGACAACCGCUACAUCACGGGCAAGCCCAGCGGCGACGUCUAUGGCUUUAGCGUCGCGCCCCGCACCGGCGACGUCAAGCUGUCCUUCACCCACCGCCUCGAGACCCCCGUUGUCCGUGUGUUUGAUGUUGCCCGUCCGCCGAGUGUGCCCCUUAGCAGCAACCCGGACCUUGCCCUGCUCCCGCAACCACCGCCGCCCGUCGAGGACGAGGAAGACGCCAGCCUGCGCCGCGCCUCCGUGUUUGUCAACCAGACCGAGACCGGUGGCUGGUACGCCCUGUCUGGCUCGGCGUACCCGCUGAUUGUCGACAACACGCCCGCCGAGUGCACCCGCCGUGGCUGGUGGGUCCGCCACCAGGACACCUUCUUGCCCGCCGAGUACAGCGCCGCCCUCACCGGCAAGCACAUGCUUGCUUCGAGCAGCCGCAAGAAGCGACCCCUCCUGGCACCCAAUUACCCGACGCUGCCUGGCAGCGACGGCUCGUUUUCUCACGACGAAGACAAGGAGCGCGAGCGCGAGCGCGAGCGCGAAAACGAAUCCACAGUGCCCCUGACCCUACCCGGCUCGUCCGAAUCCUCGUCUUUCGGCGACCAGGCAGCUGAGUCGGUCAUCGCCAAGGUCAAAGAGCUUCCUCAGGUGGCUGCGAACCGUGUCUUGGACUUCUUUAGCAACCCGGUCUUUUUGAUCGCGGUGACCGUCUUCUUUUUCGUUUACCACAAAGACCUGCGCCGCUGGUACAACCGGCAAAAGUUGCAGUGGUGGAAGGCGGGACAGACAGCGCGCGCAGAGGUCGAGGACGAGUCUUCCAUGGAGAUUGUGGAGACCGACACAAGUGAAAAGACACACGAGGCGACCAGGGCCGAGGUUGUACCUGACGGUGUCGCCAAGGCAGUGGAAACCGACAGUGCGACGGACACGACCGAGUCCUCGCCUUCGUCGUUCCCCGGCGCAGAAAAAGAGUCGCCCGACUCCAUGGCCAGCUCACUGGAGGAUGUGCGCGCAUCUGCUUCCCUUCCGACUGCCGAGACGUCCGCCGCAUCGCCAUUGGCAUCACCCGUAGAUGAUUCCACCGCUGCGGCAGCGUCUCCCUCGGACGGCACGCCGCCACCACAAUUGGACGGCGCGCCCGCGGAGCCGGAGAAGGAGAAGAAAAAGGCCCAUCGCGGUCGCCGUGGCGGCGCCAAGCACCGCAAGGGCGGCAACGGUAAAGCCAAGAGCGAGGCCUCGCUUUCGCGCGGGGACGACGCCCCGCCGCCGACAGUCGACGAGGUCGUCGGCCAGGCCAAGAGACUCGGCGAGCGCACGCUGCCGCUGGAGCCCGAUAUUCUGACGGUGUCCAAUGCCAACGCGGGCAUCAACGACAUGGAAGAAGUGUCCACGCCCAUCAUGCGCAUGGGCAGCCUCGAGGUCAAUCAGAACGUCCAGCUGGGCACGGGCAGCAACGGCACCGUCGUGUUUGCCGGCAAGUUUGACGGCCGCGAGGUCGCUGUGAAGCGCAUGCUCAUCCAGUUCUACGACAUCGCCUCCCAAGAAACCAAGCUGCUCCGCGAGAGCGACGACCACCCCAACGUCAUCCGCUACUAUGCCCAGCAGCAGCGCGCCAACUUCCACUACAUUGCGCUGGAGCUGUGCCAGGCCUCGCUUGGCGACGUCGUCGAGAAGCCCGGCCAGUUCCGCGAGCUCGCCCAGGCCGGCGAGCGCGACCUGCCCAACGUGCUGUACCAGAUUACGAGCGGUCUCAACCAUUUGCACGCCCGCAGCAUCGUGCACCGCGACCUCAAGCCGCAAAACAUCCUCGUCAACAUGGGUGCGGACGGCAAGCCGCGCAUGCUCAUCUCCGAUUUCGGCCUGUGCAAAAAGCUCGAAGGCGGCGCGAGCUCCUUUGGUGCCACGACGGCGCACGCGGCGGGCACGAGUGGCUGGCGCGCGCCCGAGCUGUUGCUGGACGACGACGCACGCGACAAUGGGCAGACCAUGGUCGAGUCGGCCAUGUCGACGCAGAGCGGUGUCAGUGCCACGUCCGGCAGCGGGCUCAUCCACAACCCGGACGGCACCGUCAGCCGGCGGGCGACCAAGGCCAUUGACAUUUUCAGCCUGGGCCUUGUGUUCUACUAUGUCCUCACCAAGGGAUCGCACCCGUUCGACUGCGGCGACCGCUACAUGCGCGAAGUCAACAUCCGCAAGGACACGUACAACCUGGACGGCCUGGACGUGCUGGGCGACUUUGCCUUUGAAGCAAAGGAUUUGGUCGAGCACAUGAUUAGCCGCUCGCCGCAGCACCGCCCGCGCACGCGUGCCGUCAUGGCGCACCCCUUCUUCUGGUCGCCCAAGAAGCGUCUCGCCUUUUUGUGCGACGUCUCCGACCAUUUUGAAAAGGAGCCGCGCGACCCGCCCUCCGAGGCGCUCGCGAGCCUCGAGGCGCUGGCCCCGGACGUCUGCCGCGGCGACUUUUUGAAGCGCCUGCCCAAGGACUUUGUCGACUCCCUCGGCAAGCAGCGCAAGUACCGCGGCGACCGCCUCCUGGACCUGCUGCGCGCCCUCCGCAACAAGCGCAACCACUACGAGGACAUGUCGGAGCCGCUGCGCCGCAUGGUCGGCGCGCUGCCCGAGGGCUACCUGGCCUUCUGGACCAUGCGCUUCCCGAACCUGCUGAUUGGGUGCUGGGCGCUGGGCAUCGACUGGGAGUGGGCCGACACGGACCGGUUUGUCGACUACUACCAGCCGGCCGGCGGUGUUUGA